AUGCACGCCCGCAAGCAGGCCUCCUUUGGCGCCAGGCCAGCGCACCGCGUCGCGCGCGCGGGCGUGUCGGCCCGCCGCGCCGUCAAGGUGCAGGCGGCCGACCCGAAGAUCAAGAAGGUCGUCCUCGCGUACUCGGGCGGCCUCGACACGUCCGUAAUUCUGAAGUGGCUCCAGGAGACCUACGGCUGCGAGGUCAUCACGUUCACCGCGGACCUCGGGCAGGGCGAGGAGCUCGAGCCUGCGCGCGCCAAGGCCGCCGCCGCCGGCGUCAAGCCGGAGAACAUCUUCAUCGAGGACGUCAGGGAGGAGUUCGUGCGCGACUACGUCUUCCCGAUGUUCCGCGCGAACGCGAUCUACGAGGGCGUGUACCUCCUCGGCACGUCCAUCGCGCGCCCCCUCAUCGCGAAGAAGCAGAUCGAGAUCGCGAAGAAGCUCGGCGCCGACGCAGUCUGCCACGGCGCGACCGGCAAGGGCAACGACCAGGUCCGCUUCGAGACGGGGUACUACGCCCUCAAGCCCGACAUCAAGUGCAUCGCGCCGUGGCGCGAGUGGGACCUCAACUCGCGCACCAAGCUCUGCGCGUACGCGGAGAAGAACGGCAUCGCCGUGCCGGCCUCGAAGCGCAACGAGCCGCCCUUCUCCAUGGACGCCAACCUUCUGCACAUCUCUUACGAGGGCAACGCGCUGGAGGACCCGUGGGUGGAGCCGCCGGAGGACAUGUUCACGCGCUCCGUGUCGCCCGAGAACGCCCCGGACACGCCGACGUACAUCGACAUCGACUUCAAGGGUGGCGACCCCGUUGCGCUGAACGGCGAGAGCCUCAGCGCCGCCAACAUGCUCGCCGCGCUGAACGAGGUGGCCGGCGCGAACGGGAUCGGGCGGAUCGACAUCGUCGAGUCGCGGUUCGUCGGGAUGAAGUCGCGCGGCGUGUACGAGACGCCCGGCGGCACGAUCCUGCUCACCGCACACCGCGCGAUCGAGAGCAUCUGCCUCGACCGCGGCGAGGCGCACCUGAAGGACGAGAUCAUGCCCAAGUACGCCGAGCUCAUCUACAACGGCAUGUGGUUCAGCCCGGAGCGCGAGGCGCUGCAGGCGCUGAUCGACAGCACCCAGAAGACGGUGGAGGGCACUGUGCGGCUGAAGCUGUACAAGGGCAACGUGAUCGUGGUUGGGCGGAAGAGCCCGUACUCUCUGUACAACCAGGAGAUCGUGACGUUCGAGGAGGACAGCGUGUACGACCAGAAGGACGCCGGAGGGUUCAUCAAGAUCAACGCUCUGCGCUUCCGCACCAUCCAGUCGGUCCGGGGCGAGAAGAACUGA